AUGACAACCCGCCCCCACCAAGCAACCCAACCAUCAGCAGCACGCGCGAGGCCGAACACCUCUACCUUCAACAACAACAGCAACAACAACAGCAAUAACAACAACAUCACAAAACCCACCUCCUCCCCACCCAACACCACCACCACCCAACAAACCCCACAACCCCAACCAAACCAAUCUCAAAAAAUCACCCCCAACCUAACAACCUCCGGCCUGCACGACCAGCCCCAAUCCCCACUCCCGACACCCACCGACACCUCCCCAAAAUCCGAGGACCGAAUCGACUGGACGCGCUCCUUCCACGGCCUCUCCGCAGAACCCUUCCCCAAGGAAGCGGCGGACAUCCUGCUCGCGCCCACCGACCCGGAGGAGGUCGAGAUCAAGCCGGACGGGAUUUUGUACCUGCCCGAGAUCAAGUACCGGCGGAUCCUGAACCGGGCGUUUGGGCCGGGCGGGUGGGGGCUCGUGCCGCGGAGCGAGAGCAUCGUCACCCCCAAGAUGGUGACGCGCGAGUAUGCGUUGGUUUGUCAUGGGCGGCUCGUUUCCGUCGCCCGCGGCGAACAGGAUUAUUUCUCCCCGGACGGCAUCCCCACGGCCACGGAAGGGUGCCGCUCAAACGCCCUGGUGCGCUGCUGCAAAGACCUGGGCAUCGCCAGCGAGCUCUGGGAUCCCCGCUGGAUCCGCAAGUACAAGGCCCAGUACACCCGCGAGGCCUUCGUCGAGCACGUGGUCAACAAGCGCAAGUCCAAGAUCUGGGUCCGCAAGGACGAUGAGGUCUCUUACCCGUGGAAGGAGACGAAAUAG